AUGGAGAUACUGCUCAUCUGGUCGCACAGCAAUGGCGGAGCCGGGUCUGGGGCCCGGGAGUGUGGGGGGCGGGCUCUCAGUGGGAGGGGCGCGGCGGAGGCCUCGGCUGCGGCGGUCCCGAGUGGAAGGGUGGGGAGUCCCGGGACCCGGUGCGUGCUCCGUCCCGGGACGCGGCUCCCCGGGACCCCCGACACCUCCGGGAGGCCGGCCCAGGGGGCAGAGCUCCACUCUUGGCUCCGCCCCAGGUCUGAACCCCAAGCUUCAGCGGGGUCCCCGAAGGAGCACCUCCCGCUCCGGCCCGGCUCAUUCCGUGCAUUCCGGCCAUCCCCCUGCCCACGACCCCCCUUCUCGGCCCCCCUCGCUACUCCCUCGGGCCCGGCGGAGCGGCCCGGCGGAGCGCCCCCCGGAGCUCGGAGCAGGCUCAAGCCGUCAGGGGGCUCAGGCCCAGAGCCCAGAGCAACCAGCACAAUAGCGUCCAACAGCUGGACCGCCAACAGCAGCCCCGGGGAGGCCCGGGAGGAUGGGUCCGAAGGCCUGGACAAGGGGCUGGACAACGAUGCCGAGGGAGUGUGGAGCCCGGACAUCGAGCAGAGCUUCCAGGAGGCCCUGGCCAUCUACCCGCCCUGCGGCCGACGCAAGAUCAUCUUGUCGGAUGAGGGCAAGAUGUACGGUCGAAAUGAGCUGAUUGCCCGCUACAUCAAGCUGAGGACAGGAAAGACCAGGACGAGAAAACAGGUGUCCAGCCACAUACAGGUUCUAGCUCGGAAGAAGGUUCGGGAAUACCAGGUUGGCAUCAAGGCCAUGAACUUGGACCAGGUCUCCAAGGACAAAGCACUCCAAAGCAUGGCCUCCAUGUCGUCUGCACAGAUCGUCUCCGCGAGCGUCCUGCAGAACAAGUUCAGCCCGCCCUCCCCUUUACCCCAGGCUGUCUUCUCCACCUCCUCAAGGUUCUGGAGUGGUCCCCCUCUGCUGGGACAACAGCCUGGGCCGUCUCAGGACAUCAAGCCCUUUGCCCAGCCUGCCUACCCCAUCCAGCCUCCCCUGCCACCAACGCUCAACAGUUAUGAGUCCCUGGCCCCGCUGCCCCCUGCUGCCGCCUCCUCUGCCUCUGCGCCUGCGUGGCAGGACCGCACCAUCGCCUCCUCCCGGCUCCGCCUCCUGGAGUACUCUGCCUUCAUGGAGGUGCAGCGGGACCCCGACACGUACAGCAAACACCUGUUUGUACACAUCGGCCAGACAAACCCCGCCUUCUCAGACCCACCCCUGGAGGCCGUGGACGUGCGGCAGAUCUACGACAAGUUCCCCGAGAAGAAGGGGGGGCUGAAGGAACUCUACGAGAAGGGGCCCCCAAACGCCUUCUUCCUUGUCAAGUUCUGGGCUGACCUCAACAGCACAGUUCAAGAGGGCCCUGGAGCCUUCUACGGGGUCAGCUCACAGUACAGCUCGGCCGACAGCAUGACCAUCAGCGUGUCCACCAAGGUGUGCUCCUUCGGCAAGCAGGUGGUAGAGAAAGUGGAGACCGAGUACGCGCGCCUGGAGAACGGGCGCUUCGUGUACCGCAUCCACCGCUCACCCAUGUGCGAGUACAUGAUCAACUUCAUCCACAAGCUCAAGCACCUCCCCGAGAAGUACAUGAUGAACAGCGUGCUGGAGAACUUCACCAUCCUGCAGGUGGUCACAAGUCGGGACUCGCAGGAGACCCUGCUCGUCAUUGCGUUUGUCUUCGAAGUCUCUGCCAGCGAGCACGGGGCGCAGCACCAUGUCUACAAGCUUGUCAAAGACUAGCACACCUUUGACGUGUCCACAAGGGUGCAAGGCGGACUUUCUACACACCUGCCUGCCCGGUCUCCCCGGGUGUGGGUUGGGGCGCUCGCCCACCCAUGGGUUUCAAGGCUGGGACCCAGGCUGCCUCCCCUGGCCCCAGCACACACGCUCCCUGCCACUGUUCUGCGCUUCCGGAGAGAAAUGGGUUCCAUGGUGGAUGUGGCCUUCCUCGGCAUUGGCCCACAGAUGACCGGCUCCACCUGGCCUCAAGUGACAUCAGAGCUGGGGGGUGGGGGGCACCUGCAGGCAUGGCCUCUGGCCCCUAAGGGAAUGUGAUGAGCAGGUGAGGGUAGGAUGGAUGCCAGAGACAGGCAGCUUGCCAGGCUGCCUUGGUACAAGGUGUCAAACUGGGAUCUGGGCUAAGGGUCCACACUGCUGGGUACCAGCCUGCUCCCAGGCCUCCUGCACUGCAAGCCUGGGCUCCCGCAUCAGACAGUGCCAAGACAGCCCACAGCGGCGGGCGGAGCUAGAGCCUAGGGUCAGCUACCUCCCUAGGACAGGGCAGGCUCCAGGAGAGGGCUGGAGGCAGACAUGGUGCUGCCCUGUCCUCCACAGCAUAUCAGCUAGCAGGCACCCCUCCAAUGUCCUCAAGACGGAGGACAGGGAGGCUCCCUGCUCUGCUGUAGCCACAUCAAGGCCCCUGAGUGUCAACUGUCCUGUCCCCAGGUCAACCUGGUAUUUAUGAGUGUCAAAUGAAGUACUGUGCCCUCCUCAUGCCGCCCGAGCUUUCCUGAAGGUCUUCACCAUUCACAUACUGCUCAGGCCACCUCCAAACAAACCCCACCUAGGUUUUAUAACAUGUAUUAUAUGUAUUUUUGUGUAUUUUUAAAUCCAGCUGUGAUGGGCUAUAUCAUAAAUGGCUCAAGAAGGCAGGGGCCUCUCAAGGCCUGACUUCUGCUAAAGAAAAAAAAAUUAAAGGCUGUUUCUGGGUCAGGA